CAUUAGAUCAUCGAUGUCCAUCUGGGGAUUGAAUCCGCUGCACUGGGGAUUGGUAUAAAAGAGCCGCGUUGGGAUCAACUGCAGCAACACUAGUGGUUCAGCCUCCCCAGCAGCUGCCGGAAAAUAAACUACAGCAAGAUGUAUAAAGAACUGAUACUUGUGACCAUCGCCUGCCUGACAACCUCCAUCCUGGCAGCUCCUGCACCUGAACCCGCUCCAGAACCAGCUCCAGCUCCAGCUCCUUCGCCCAGCAUUGGAUACGGAAUUGGACAUGGCUACGGUGGAUAUGGCCUGGGAUUAGGUCUAGGAAUUGGGCACUAUGGAGGUCACUAUGGGGGUCACUACGGCGGCUAUGGUGGACACUUUGGAGGAAUAGGGUUGGGCUACCACGCACCCAUCAUCUCAAAGACAAUCAUUGGCAAGAGCUACCUGGGCGGCUAUGGUUAUGGUCUGGGUCACGGGUACCUCGGAGGCUACGGACAUGGACUGUACGGUGGACAUGGUCUGGGUCUGGGAUACGGACUGGGAUAUGGCUAUGGCCAUGGUUGGUAGAAGAAGUGCUCCCGAGUCCAGCAAAGUCAAUCAAAGUGUGUAGCCAAGGAAAGCGUGCAACAUGUGAGAGUUUUCAAACGAGUCAUUUACUUCGCAGUACCCAAAUCAUUACGAUAGCCUUAAUCAGUCAAUCACUCAGCAAGUCAAUAAACCAAUAAA